UUUGCUUGGACAACUUACAGAUUCGAAAAGAGUUCGGGUGACCCGGCAAAAAGAAACUACCAAUUUUUUUGUGUGAUUGAGUCAGGAAUAGGGAAGUGCCACCCUUCCGUGUUGAAGUUGGACACAAGGCAAGUUUUCCGUAUUGUUCUGUGAGCAAGGGGCCGUCCAGAGUCAGCCUUGUCCGCUUGGUUUUCCAAGGAAAUAGGCGGGAAGUUACAAUCGAAGAGAAUGGGGAUUUGUCAGAAACUAUUCUCCCUCGUCGAGAUCCUUGUAGGUCUGCACCAGAUCGCCAGUGCCUUCUACGACACUGCUCUGUUGAUGCUGGUCCAGGAACGUUCCAGUCCCAACUCCACAACGACAGAAAGCCGAGCCCAGCAGCAAGGCGCAAUCUCUCAGUUCUACAUGAUCUAUAGCCUCCUGUUAAGGCUGAGCCCUCUGUUGUUCACUUUCUUCCUGGCCAAAUUGGGAGAUCAAAAGUCCAGGAAGAUCACCAUUUGGGUGCCCCUGGUGGGAUACCUGGUGUCCAGGUCUCUGUUGCUCUUAGUGAUCCUCUUUGACCUCCCCUUGCAGGUGAUGUUUGCUACUGCUCUGCUGAAUGGUCUGAGCGGGGGGUUUACUGCUUUCUGGCCUGGGGUCAUGGCCUUAGCCUCAGACACUUCCUCACGAGAGAAGAGAUCUAUCAGACUUAGUAGAGUUGAGCUGACCUAUGGAUUGGCAGGAAUGAUUGGAAGUAUUGCAUCCGGCCAUCUCUUUACCCAUUUGAAUAUCUCGCAUGCCCAAGGUGCUGGUCUGAUGGCCUGCAGUUGCCUUUUUUAUGCUCUAAGCUUAAUUUACAGCAUUUUCGGGCUAAAGCCCACGCAAACGGGAGCUGGUAGCCAAGGCAGCCCGUUGGAUCAAGAAGAGCAGGAAAAUAAUGUUCGGAUUCCACGAAAUGCAGCUUGGAAUCGAUGUCAAGAUGAAAGAUCAAUGUUAUUGCCUGAUCAGAACAAUACAAGGAUUCAGGGUAUUCUUGGAGGUAACAUGUCCAUGAAUAAAAUCACACUCGCACUGCUGUUCACAGCUGGAGUUUUGUAUGGUUUGGGUGUGACCGGGGGAGUGGAUGUGCUAUCGAUAUUUGUACUGAAGGACCCUCUGAAUUGGAAUGCUAUCUGGGUUGGUUAUGGCAAUGCCAUGGGGUAUGCUAUCUUCCUCACCAGCUUCCUCGGAGUUUGCAUUCUUUCCAAAUAUUUGAAGGAUACUUCUUUGAUUGUGAUAGGAAUGCUGUCAUUUUCCAUCGGGAUGCUGAUCAUGGCCUUCACAAAGUGGACCUUCCUUUAUUUUAUUGCUCGAGCUGUGAUGAUGUUUGCCCUUAUUCCUCUGCCUACAAUACGAUCUCUGAUUUCUAAGCAGAAAGAAGACAAUUCAUACGGAAAACUGUUUGCCAUACUUGAGAUUUUGCUCACCAUGUCUGGAGUCAUUGCUUCAAUCAUAUUCCUUAAUGUUUACAAGUCAACAAAAGACUGGUACCCUUCCAUCUGUUUCAGUCUGUCUUCUGUCAUCAGUUGCCUGGCAAUUAUUCCCAUGAUCUUUGUGGAACGCAGACUGUCCAGUUUUCCAUAAUACGGGGAUGAAACCCAGACAUGGCUUGUGAAGAAAGGAGCGUAUACAUAGCUCAAUUGUUUUGGUUAUAAUACAGUGACAGGUACAGAAUCCCAAGCCAAAAAUAAAUUUUGCCGUGUAUUGCACAGGAUGAGAUCAGGGAGUAUAAAAAGUUUAGUUCAAGUGCUCCCUUCAAGAUGCUACUUCACUGUUCACUAGCCCUGUGUCAAAUACCUGAAAUAAUUUAUCACUUCCCAACGCUAACGGAGUGUAAUCUGUAAUGAUACUAUGACUUAAAAAAAAACAAAAUAUACCUCCAUGAAGAAAGGUCACGCCAGAAGCACCGAACAGUCUACUCAAAGCCAGUAAACUGCUUGAGGCAUUCAGAUUUAUUUUUAAAUUGAAACAAUAGAAGCAGCUGGAAUGAUGGGUCAAACUGCCAUAGAAGUAGGAUUUUAAUUCUACAUCCUCUAUUUGCUGGAUUGGAAAGCUCUGAUUCCUUUCUUUGAUACAGCCAACAAAGGUUUCUCUUCCUGCUGCUAGAAUUAUACAUGAAACAAUCUAUUUUACUGAAUUUGCCAGUGUCAAGGAUGAGGUUGAAAUAUUGCUAUAGUGGAAGAGUGAUACAUAGCAGUAGUUAGUGUACAUAUUGUUUUAAUAGAAUUAUGGUUAAGCCAAUUCUUUUGUUCUAUUUUCACACUGUAGUAUAUAAUAUAAAGUGCAGUUUGUUUAGUUUAACCACUUGAAUUGCAUCUGGAAGGCAAUACUUUACUUUUAAAAUUAAGAAGGUUAGGUCUAGGGUACCUUAAUACAUUUUGAAGGGGGUUUGUUCUGGUCCAAAAGCUGGGAUCAAAAUCUCUAAAUCCAGGUUGAGUUUAGGAUAAUUGGACUCCAAAGAUGGUGAGUGGAGAGUGUUGGUAUUUUUUUUUAAAUUUAGGUAAUGUACGUUAUUUAAAGCAGAGUAUGCCUUAUGUAAUAAUGGCUCUUUUUCUCAGUUUGCUGGGAGUGGAAGAAAAACAUUGAGAGUUUUACAGAAAGUGAGCAAGACAAACCUUUUGAAAUUUAGAGACAAGCUGGAGUUUGGGUUGCCUUUAUCCAUGCAAAAAAGGAGGUAAUUGCAACAGUAGUUCAACAUUUAUGAUUACCAGAAAUGCCAUCAAAAUAAUUGGAAAAUGGCUAAAAUGCAAUUGCAAAAGUUAGUCAUCUGCAUUAUGAUUGAAAAAAAAAGAUAAUUGAACUUCAAUUAUCUUUCAGAGACCAUGUCUGAUUAAAUAGUUGAGGGAAAAGAAACAAGAACAGGUGGAAGUCAAAGUGGGUAUUUUUAGUUCAGAGAAAUUUUGUGAACUACACAGAAAGAUGAAAAACUGAAGCAAUUGUGUCAAAAAACACAGAUGAAGAAUGAGUGUAUCUGAGAAUAUAAUCUUAAUGAGAGUCUUGAUGAGAAAUUGGAGACCAUUAUAUAUUCAGACAGAUGAAAGACAGAAAGAAGUUCAUCAAGUUGCAUUAUUGAUAUGUUAUAGAAAGGAAGUGUUGCUGUUGCAGGUAGCGCAUGAGUUACCAGGUGGUUAUUUGACAAUAACGAAACUCAAGCCAGUGUACAAAAAACAUUUUUAUUGGCCUAUCCUGCAUAAGGAUGCAUUAAAAAAAAACUUUGGCAGGCAUGUCACGUGUAUCAAGUAAUUGGAAAACCUCAGGCAGUGACAAAUCCAGCAUGCUUAAUUUCCGUAUUUGACAAAGAGUCUUAAUUGAUUGCAAAGGACUCCUCCCUAAAAAGAAAAAUUGGGAAUCAAUACUUGACCAUAAUGGAUAGAUCUACUAGAUUUCAAAAGGCCAUUCCAUCUCAGUAUCACAUCUAAAAAGGAUUUUAGAAGAGUUACUCAAACAUUUUACAAGAUAAGUUACCCACAAAAAUACAAAAUUGGAUCAAGAAUCAAAUUUUUGAACAAUUUAAGCAAAUUAUGGAUUCCUUAGCAAUAAAACAAUUCAAAUCCACUAUAUUCAUCCAGAAUUGCAGCGAGUAUUAGAAUGGUGGCAUUAAACUUUAAAGGUCACACUGCGGGCUUGUUGUCAAGACUGUCCAGAGGAUUAGUUUUCUAUUUGUACUUUUUGCAAUUAAGAAUGCACCUAAUAAUCAAGUACAUUCAGUUUCCGGGCAUGAGGUGAGACCACUGAAAUUAAAGGAGAAAUUGAUGCGUAAGAGACCACACAUUUGGACUGUGUAUCAAAUUGUAGGGAAAGAUUAAAUAGAGUGGGCCAGUUGGUUAGACAGCAUUUGAAAGUAGCGCAUGUAAUGAAAUAAAGCAAACAAGAGAUCAUAAAUUCAUCAUUUUGAUAGUGGAGUGUUAGUUACAUCUAGUGGUAGGUAAACCUUUAAAGAGCAAGGGUUAGUGGGCCUGAUCAAUUGAAAGGAAAUCAAGCGAGGUGAAAUUUAUGAUCAGAAUGCUAGCUAGGAAGAAAUUUAUCAUGUGAAUGUGCUGAAAAGAUAUUCAAUAGUGAAGUAAAAAAGGAAGAUAUUUUACUGGUUGCAACAGUGUGAAGCAGCAAAAUCAGAUAUUUUGAAUUAGACAUUCCUCAAACUAAAUUGGACAAUGAGAAAGUUGUCAAAAAUUGGGACGUAUUACUGAGUUAUUUCUAGAGGAAAUCAAGUGACCUGAAAGAGUUAUUACAAAUCACUUGGGGAGAUGUGGGUGAAGCUAGGACAUAAUCUAAUUAUGCACAAUGUAGAUACAGGAAUGCUGUUCCAAUUAAGCAACAUCCAUAUAGAUUAACCCUUUAAAGUCAGUACUGGUUCAAAAAUAGGUUAAACACAUGCUCAAAAGACAAUAUAAUUAAAUUGCAGUGAAUGGACCACAUGCAUGGUAGUGGUAUCAAAACCAGAUGGGACCCAACAAUUGUGAGCUAUCACAAAGUUAAUGCAAUUACAAAAUCUGAUUCAUAUCCUAUUCCAUGUUUACAAGACCCAUUAAAAAAAAGGUGAGAAAACUGGGUGGCUGAGGGCCCCCCUGGACUUUCAAAUUGGCACAGAUUAAUUAUGGAAUAUAUCCCCCUUGACUUCCUCACAAAUAUGGUGCACCGAAAGACUGAAUUAUUUUAUGACAGCCCUUUUUGAAAUUAUAUAAAUGCAGAUAUUUCGGCUAUCCUAACAAGGGCUUUUAUUUAGUGAAGAUUUCAGACCGGGCUGCUCCGGGGCCCCUUGGGAGAGGAAUCCUGCGCGAAUACGGGUUUUAUUAUAUUUGAUGUUUAUACAUUCCAAGCAUGUAAGAGACUUAGGUAUACACUCUGGUUAGUUAUAGGUUAGAU